GCACCUCCCCCACUGGCCCCGAGCAGGCAAUAAAUACAGCGUUUAACCUUUUCUCGGCCUUCUUCAUCAUUCCAAUCGCCUAUAGGAGGCUACGGGGGCCGUUUGUGACUUCAAGUGUCGUCGCUGUUUGACAAAACUUUCAAGAUGACUCAUCAGUUCCCAUCUCUGUCUCCGGAGCAGAAGAAGGAACUCUCUGACAUUGCUCAGAGAAUCGUGGCUCCAGGAAAGGGAAUCCUGGCAGCAGAUGAAUCAACAGGCACCAUGGCAAAGCGCCUGCAGAAAAUCAACGUGGAGAACAGCGAGGAGAACCGUCGCUGCUUCAGAGAUAUCCUUUUCUCCUCUGAUCCGUCAAUCGCCAACUGUGUGGGUGGUGUCAUCUUCUUCCACGAGACACUCUACCAGAAAGCAGACAGUGGCAAGCUUUUCCCCCAAGUCAUCAAGGAGAAGGGCAUUGUCGUCGGCAUCAAGGUGGACAAAGGCACAGCUGGUCUCAAUGGAACAGAUGGGGAGACAACCACACAAGGUCUUGAUGGCCUCUCAGAGCGUUGUGCCCAGUACAAGAAGGAUGGCUGUGACUUUGCCAAGUGGAGGUGUGUGCUCAAGAUCUCGGAUGGCUGCCCAUCAGCUCUUGCCAUUGCAGAGAACGCCAAUGUGCUUGCCAGAUAUGCCAGCAUUUGCCAACAGAACGGCCUGGUGCCCAUCGUGGAGCCAGAAAUCCUGCCUGAUGGUGACCACGACCUGCAGCGGUGCCAGUACGCCACAGAAAAGGUCCUUGCUGCCACGUACAAGGCUCUGUCUGACCAUCACGUGUACCUAGAGGGCACUCUCCUGAAGCCCAACAUGGUCCUGGCUGGACAUGCCUGUACUAAGAAAUACACCCCUCAGGAGGUUGCCAUGGCUACAGUGACGGCUCUGAGGCGCACUGUCCCCGCUGCAGUGCCUGGCAUCUGUUUCCUGUCUGGAGGCCAGAGUGAGGAGGAGGCUUCCAUCAACCUAAAUGCUAUCAACCAGGUGCCCCUCCAUCGCCCCUGGAAGCUGACCUUCUCUUAUGGCCGUGCACUGCAGGCUUCUGCUCUUGCAGCUUGGCAGGGCAAAGCUGCCAACAAGGCUGCUACACAGCAAGCUUUCUGCAGCAGGGCCAAGAUCAAUAGCUUGGCUUCCAAAGGAGAGUACAAACCCACCGGCUCAGCUGAUCAGGCCUCCAUGCAGUCUCUGUACACUGCCAGCUAUGUCUAUUAAAUACUAUGAACAUAUACACAUGCACAUGGACCAAAUAUAUCCCUCUGCUUGAUGUCCUUCUUUCUUGAACCACCAACACCACAGAGGACGUCUAUCACAACGUUAAGCUACUGUUUGUCUAUUUGAUGAAAUGACUGGAAAUAAAAGAAAAGCCCAAAA